CCUAACGUCAUGAACGUUAUUGAGAUAUUUGAUGAAAAAAGAUGAACAAAACUUUAUGAUUAAAUUAGGUUGCAAGGAACAGUGUGGCAGACUUACAACUACAAAAAGUUACGUCACAGAAGGAGAUUCAGUAACACUUCAAUUCUCUGUAGAUCCCGGCAAAAACGUAACUUUUGAAAAGAAAGACGAGUCGACUUUUAGAAAACUGAAUGCUGCAAUUAUAGUGACUGUAGAGAAAAAGGUCCAUACCCUCGAUAUUUUAAAAGCAAAAUAUAGCGAUAGAGGCGAAUACAGAGUAAAUUGUGGUGACACAGUGUCAAAUUCGAUAUAUUUGAAUAUAGAAUACAGACCACCAUCGGACCCGAAAUUUUUCGGCGUUGAAACCGCAGAAUAUUGUAAGCCUGGUGGAUGUAUAUUGGCUUUUCUGAAUAAAUCAGUAACAGUAGAAUGUUUCGUUAAGGGUGGAUCAGAGCCCAUAAACCUUAAUCUAUGGAAGAACGGCAAGAUGCUUUCAAAUGUCACUAAAACACAAACAGAUGAAAAUCUUGUUACCCAUUACUAUAUCAGAUAUAGCUUUAUACCAAGUAAAACUGACAUUGGCACCACUUUUACGUGUACGGUAAAUAAUCCAGCACUGCAAACACAAUUAUCAACAUCUGUCAAUAUGUAUGUUUCAGUUCCACCAGACAAGAUCGACGUUAUUGUCAACGAGGUAAUAGAAGGAAAACAAAGUGAAGUUAAUUGUAUUGCAAUGAAUUGCAGGCCACCGUUGCGCUCUGACCUAAGUAUAGGCAGUGAAAAACAGACUUAUGCAACAAUGAAAAAGGAAUCAGUGCCGGGUGGUCUGUAUACUAUUACCACGUCGACAACAAAAGUUUUUACACGGUUUCAUAAUCAGAAUAAGGUAGUGUGUUGCAGCAAUAUUGGUGAGACUAAAUGCGGAACGGAAAAUACUAAGUUAAAUGUCUUAUUUCCACCAAAGAAUGUUACUGUCGAAGAAAUUUUCAAACACAAUGAAGAAAAUGGCGACACUAUGAUGACAUUGAAGUUUAUAGUCACAGAAUCUAAUCCUAGAAGUUCUAUUGACUUAAGUGGACUUAAACAUGUCAAGCGAAUGUUGGUUGAUAAAAGGAAUGACCCGGAGAGUGAAACAUACGGGUGGAUAUUUACAGAGAUCUGGAGGUUCAAUUUCACAAAAGAUGAUAAUAUGAGGGAAAUAAAAUGUGCAGUGAAAAAUAGCGGUUUUCCUGACCUUGAAUUGAGUUUCAUACGUACAUUAAACAUUACAUAUUUUCCAAUAGUAACGAUAUCAGAAAAUGAACAUAAAACUGUUUACCUCGGUGAAGAUGUUGAUUUGACCUGUGACGUAGACAGCAAUCCCCUAUCAACAAUUUCGUGGCACAAUCAUACGGGCGUAAUUGAUGAGAUAUUCGGAGCAAAAAGAAUUGAACUUCAUUUGACAGACGUUUCGAUCAAUCAUUCCCAGACAUAUAGUUGCAAGGCCCAUAAUGGAAUUGGUGGAAUUGUAUCAAGAAAUAUAACGCUUACUAUUAUAAAAGAUCCAUGUGAAAGACCAGUAUCAGAAGCAAUCAAACCAUCGACUGAGUCAAACGUCGCCCAUGUCGUGGGACUUUUAAUUAGCUGUUUAUUGUGUGCGAUACUUAUAGCAGUUAUUGUGGUUCUUAUUAUACGUAACAAACAGCAGAUUGAACCAUCAAACAAGAGGAAAAUUCAUGAACCUAAAAUUGAAGAAAUAAAACCCUUACAUCCGACAGGAAAGGAUACCAACAUGCAGGCCGGGUACGAGUAUUUGGACAUGCAAAACAGGUCUAAAGAGAGCAAACUGUACACAACGCUAGAUACUGAAAUGCAGGCCGGGAAUGAGUCAUUGGCAGGUCAGGGCACUACUUCGGAAAUAGAAAUGUAUACAAAUUUAGAUACUGAAAUGCAGGCCGGGUAUGAGUCAUUGGCAGGACAGGGCACUACUACCGAAAUAGAAAUGUAUACAAAUUUAGAAGGCCAAAUGUCCACAGAAUUACCUUCCGAGUAUGAAAAUUCAGAAUUGUAAAUUGGAUUUAUUUUGGUCGACCGCAACAGAUACAGAAGUGGAAGAAGUAUAAUGUUUUAUAGAGAUUUUACAUCUGAUUUUUAGCAACAAAACGAAAAUAAAAAGAUUUAGUGUUGUACCUAUGAUGCAGUGCAUGCGACAAAAUAAAAGUUUUCUUAAAAAUCUUUUGUUAAUUGAUGACAUAUAAAAAUUAUUUAAUGAUGUAUACAUCAUUUGUAUGCAAAUGUCCGAAGACAAUAAUAGCUGCUCGAGCUGAUAUUUAUGCAUUGUUGUGUAAAACAUACUAUUGUGUGCACAUAAUAUUAUUAUGAAACGCUUAAAAAGAAUGAUGCUAUACUGUCCUGUAAUAAAAUAAGUCAAACAAAAUAAAUUAUGUUGCUGAUGUCAUCAUUUAACGAGAACGUUUGAAUAUUCAAUAUAUUAAAAUGCACUGGUAGUAAAUGCCUUGUUUUAGAUUUGUAUUUUGCAUAUUUAUAACAGAAAUGAAUAUAAGAGAUGUGAUUUGUAUAAAACUACUUUAAAGAUAAAUUUUUGUAAAUAGUUUCAAAAUAACCACAAUUUUUAUUAUAUCUAUUUUCAAUAUUUAGUUCUUUAUUAUAUGUAAAUGUUUUAUAACAUCGUUCACAUCUUAUUUAUGCUUUAACAGAGAUAAGUAUUUAACUUACUUUUUCAUCGGGGAAGAGCAAAAAUAAUUAGAAUUAUAUAUUUUUUAUGAGCAUAGUGUAAAAUUAGUUUUUAUAUACUUAUUUUCCAGUAAGUUCUUUUACAAUCAAUUAUUUAAGAUCAAAAUAAUCUGAGAUAUAUUUGUAAAAUGUACAUUUAUUCAUACUAACAAACAAACAAAAACAAAUCAUAGACCAAAUAAACAAGACAAAAAAAAACAACAACAACAAAACAAAAGACAUACGAAUAUUUGCUUAAAAGAGAAAGUUUUUAUAUACCUAAAAGCGGUUUAUUUGUUAUUUAAUUUGUUGAUUGAAUUGGGAAAAUACGUGAGACUAGUAGUCAAAAUUAGUCAAGAUUCAAGAUUUUAUUAAGGCGCACACAUCAUGUAUAUUGCCAUACUCAAUAAUGGCGUGUAUACAUACUUAGAUUAUGAAUUUAAUUUGAUAUUCAAAAUUAUUCUCAAAUUAGUGAAAAUAAACACUGUAUUGUUACAAAAAAAAGUUAAUAAUGUUAUUAAAAUAUCAAAUUCUAUUACUUGAAUGUAUCAACUGUAUUAGCAUUGAUAAGAUAACUUGUGUCUCUAUGUUCAAAGCAUUUGUAAAUAUUUAUUCUUUAUACAGGUUUAUAACUGCUUAUGAGCGAGUAAGAUUAAAGAUAUUUCUGUUUGUAAAAUAUUCCUUAAGUAAGUGCACAGUGAACGUUUGAGUAUAUGUAAAAUGGUUUUUAGUAUGUAUUACAUAACAUGAAAGACGUUUUUGUAUAAUCAUUAAGUUCUUAUAAAAAAUCAACACAACGCUUUAAUCCUGCUACUGAUUUAGACAUCAUUAUUGUAAAUAGCUCAUAAUUAUGGGUUAAAGUAAACUUUUAUCGUUCAUAUACCAUUUACUUUCCUAACUAUAUAGAAAUUACGAGUGCUAUCAAGUUGUUAACAUAUAUGACUUCUUAAAAAUGUACUGCAUCAAAACAUUAUCUCAAUCUUUAAAUAAUAGUAAGUUACAUUUAAGCAUCCUUUUUAAUCUUUAUGAAUAUAUUAUUACAGAAAAAUACCAAAGAAUUUUGAAUGAUAAACGUCUUAUCCAUUUCAUUUUUUUAUGGUUUUUUUUUGUCAUUUAUUUUCUUGUGUUUUUGACAAUAUACUUGUAUAGUAGUUGCAUAUGUUCUUUUUGUAUUUUUAAUUGUUUUUCUUUCGUAUUUAAAAAAACAAACAUUUAAAGCAUGAUGCAAGCUUGAUAUGAGUUAUUCAUACAAUCGAAAAAUUAUAAUAUGUAUUUCAUUUUAAAAUUUGUUUAUGUAAGUGUUAGUAUUUUUAUAUCUAGUUGUAUGUUUUCAGAUGAAAGUAGCGUUACUUUGUUAUUGCAAUACGCAUUGGUGAAUUGAAUUUGAUCAAACAAGUAAAACACUUAUCUACAACAUAACCUACAUUUGAACCCAUUGAAAGCAGAUAAAACCUACUUCUGAAUUGUAUUAUCGGUUUUAUGAUAUUGUCGGACUAAGAAAUGGCUUGCUUGCUUUCACCGUUCGAUCACCAUAUCUUUAUUAAUGAUGUACAUAUUUUAUAUAUUUCAUUGUUUGGUUUCAUGUAAUAAUUUUUGCCAUAUAAAGUCAAGCGCUCUUCCUCACAAUGCACGUCAGUAUAUGACAUGUAUGAUGCAAUCAUAUGUUUACUAUCUAACGAUGAGUAACUAAGUGCGCAAAAUAUGUUUGUAAAGCUAUUCAAUUUAUUUCUUUGUUGAUAAUGUUAUUGUUAUUGUUGCUUCGUUUUUCAUCCUAAGUAUUUUGAGUUUCAUUCUCUUAUUCAUAAUUAUAUUUUAAGAUAUAACAUGUUUACUAAAAGAGUAUUCUUUGUUUCUCCCUGAUAAUAAUGUUGUACUACAAAUUCACAAAAUAAAAUCAUAUUUGUAAUAUUUGGGUACCGAUAUUCUAUUUCUAGGAAAUGUACAGUUUGAUCAUUCAGUAGUGAUUGGAAAUGCAUUCAUGCUUUUUGUGUCUGUAAUGAUUUAUAUAGUUUAAUCAAUAUCAAUCAAUAUCUU